AUGACCGUCUCAUCCUAUACACCCAUCGACCCCACCGCUCCCGAUGACCAACAGGCAUCCGCCCGCGCCUCACGCCUCUCCUUCCUCCUCGACAAAUCGACCAUCUACGCCAAGAUCAUCGGCGACCGUAUGGCUCGCCAGCAGAUCGAGAAGCGCAAGGCGGAACAGCGAGCUGAAGUGAGAAAGGCCAACAAGGAGAAGAAGGCCGAGGUGGAGGAGCCUGUGGCCAAGGGGAGGGCCAAGGGAACGAGAGCAAGUGCGAGGGAGAAGAAGGUUGAGCCUGUGGAGGCGGAGGUGGAGGAGGUGAAGGGGAAGAGAAAGAGGCAGAGCGUUGGGGGGAGAGGCGAGAAGAAGGCCAAGGUGGAGGAGGAAGCCGAUGAAGCUGAACCCCUCGAGUCACCUACCAAACCUACCGGCGACGCCGACAACGAAGCCGAAGCCGAAGAAAACAUCCAAUACUCCUUCAAACAACCCGAGCUCGUCACCGGUGCCAAACUCCGAGAUUAUCAACUCGCCGGCGUGCAAUGGAUGAUCUCUCUCUACGAAAACGGCUUGAACGGUAUCCUAGCGGACGAGAUGGGUUUGGGCAAAACUCUGCAGACCAUCUCUUUCUUAGCGCAUCUGCGCGCAAAGGGGACGUGGGGCCCGUUUUUGAUCGUCUGUCCGUUGUCGGUUUUGAAUAAUUGGAUUAUGGAGUUUGAAAAGUUUACCCCUGAUAUCCCUGUGAUCAUGUACCACGGUGCCCCCGACUAUCGCGCCGAGCUCCGCGCAACCCGUCUUCAACCCCCCACUGCUACCCCCAUGGGCAGCACUUCCGCCAAGACCAAGGGUCGUAAAAACACAAAGACCGGCGGCAACACUACGGCCUCGUUCCCGAUUGUCGUCACGACGUAUGAUAUAUGUAUGAAGGACAAGCAGUUCUUGAGUGGGAUCAUGUGGAAGUUUAUCGUUGUUGAUGAGGGGCAUCGGUUGAAGAAUCUGGAUUGCAAACUUAUUAGAGAGCUCAAGUCGUAUACCAGUGCCAACCGGAUGAUCUUGACCGGUACUCCCCUACACAAUAAUCUCGCCGAACUCUGGUCCCUCCUCAACUUUAUCCUCCCCGACAUAUUCGACGACCUCGACUCGUUCCAACAAUGGUUCAAUUUCGACGAGAUGAACAACAACACCACCACCGACUCUCUCCUCGACAAGACCAACGUCGUCUCCUCUCUGCACGCUAUCCUGAAACCAUUCUUGUUGAGGAGGUUGAAGGUGGAUGUGGAGAAGGACCUGCCGCCGAAGAAGGAGUAUCUGCUGUAUGCGCCGUUGACGCAGAUGCAGAAAGACGUCUAUCAGGCGAUCGCUACGGGCAAGAUUCGGGAGUACCUUAUCGACAAGGUAACCAACGGUGACUCUGGGGCCAACACACCGGUUGAAGAGCCUGAACCCGAGGUCGCAAGAGGCAAGGGGCAGAGGAAGAAGAACAAGGUCAAUUAUGAGAUUGAAGAGAAUGAUAACAAGUAUAUCGAUGAUCUCGAGAGCGGCAAGACGAGGUCGACUGGGAUCACGUUUACGGAGAAGAGCGCUACGGACGUUGGGAAAGAGUGGGCGCUUAAACAAGCUAGUACGUCCUCUCAAUCUUUUCAUGGCAUGGCUGACGGUGGUGUAGCCAAGCGAGUGAACAACAUGCACCUUCAGAACAUCGUCAUGCAACUACGCAAAAUCUCGUCCCAUCCCUACCUCUUUGAAUGGCCGAGCGACCCUACCACCGGCCAGCUGGUGGUCGACGACAAUCUGGUGAAUGCGAGCGGUAAGAUGCUCCUGUUGAACAGGCUCUUGGAUUCUUUGUUUGAGAGAGGACAUCGGGUGCUGUUGUUCAGUCAGUUUACGACCAUGCUCGACGUUAUCGAAGAUUGGGCGACAUCAUACAAAGGCUGGGAAGUCUGCCGUAUCGACGGCUCCACAUCACAAGAGUCCAGACGGGAACAGAUGGACUCGUAUAACGCUGGCAGAGACGACCCCGACGCUUGCAAAUUGUUCUUGUUGAGUACGAGAGCGGGCGGGUUGGGUAUCAAUCUCGUUUCGGCUGAUACUGUCAUCUUCUUUGACCAAGAUUGGAACCCGCAGAUGGACCUGCAAGCCCAAGACCGAGCCCACCGAAUCGGCCAAACCAAGCCCGUCCUCAUCUUCCGCCUCGUAUCCGCCCACACGAUCGAAUCCAAGAUCCUUCAACGCGCGGGCAACAAACGGAAACUCGAAGAGCUCGUCAUCUCGCAAGGCAAGUUUGGAGCGGGGGCGGGAGGGGCGGGAGGAGGAGGUGGGGGGAAGGAGACGGUGGCGGAGAUGGCGAAGGCGCUUUUGGCGUUGGAGGGGGAGGAGAUUAAUGUUGCUUCGAAGGAUGAUCAGAUCAUCAGUGACGCCGACCUCGACAUCCUCCUCGACCGUUCCUCCGCCGCUUUCGCCCGAGAAAAGGGCUGGUCUGCCGGUCUCGGCAAGACUGGCGCCGACGGUGGGGCAGAGCAGCUCAAGAAGGGCGAAAAGACAUUGUUUGAGGUGUUUGAGAGCGCAAAGGAAGGGGAGGGAGGGUUGAGUGGAAUGUUUGGGGGUACGGAGGAGGUGCAGUAG